AUGUCUGGAAAAGUUAGCAACUGGCCAGCCUGGAGCGAAUUCCUGACACCUCCCCAAACCGUCUCUGAGGACACAUUCGCAUUAUCUACCGCAGCCAAGGCCGAGGUGAUUGCGCAGUAUGGACAAGAUGCGCUGAGACAGGGCUGGCUGAGGGUAUGCAAGGAUCUCGAGGCCGUCACCGAGAGGCUGGCAAGGCUUGGCAGUGAUGCCAUCCCUGUCCUGGAGCUGGCGGAUAUCUCCCGCGAUGGCCUGUCGGAUGAGCAGCGUUCCAUCUUGAAAUCUAGCGGCUGCUGCGUGAUCCGGGGCGUUCUCGGCGAGGAGGAGGCAACUGACCAGUACCAGGACCUCAAGGCCUUUCUCACAGACAACGAGGGCGCCAUCCCGGGCUGGCCGUCAGAGUCUCGUGUCAUAAUCAACGUCUACAACUCCCCAACCCAGGUGGCAAUCCGCACCCAUCCCAAUCACAUCCUGGUCCAGAGGGCCCUCAACUCUCUCUACCACGACAAGUCGGGCGAGACAUCACCCGAGCCCCUGAGCUACACCGAUGCAGCCCGUAUCCGGCCUCCAGGGCAGAGCUUUCUUGGACUGGGACCGCACAUCGACGCUGGCAGUCUAUGCCGCUGGGCGGAUCCGCAGUAUCGCAAAGUCUAUGGCGAAAUCUUCUCGGGCCACCCGGAGCUGCAUGAUCCGUAUGAUCUCGACGUCCGAAAGAACGCUGACCAGUUCCUGUUCAAGGCCCAGGCGCACUCUGUCGUCUUCCGCUCGUUCCAAGGCUGGACGGCGUUGACGCAGACAUCCGCAACAAAAGGCACCCUGCUGCUCUACCCAGAGGUCAAGGUAACUGUGGCCUAUCUCAUGCUGAGGCCUUUCUUCGCUCCCCCGCCCAACCAAGAGGACGUGAUGGACGCCGAGAAAUGGACCUUUGACCCGGAUUCCAACUGGUUUCCAGGCACCAUCAAGGAGCAAAGCCAGCGGUUAAGCCCAAGCUCACAUCCCCACCUACGCUUGAGGGAAUGUCUUUCGUACAUCCCGGACAUGAAGCCAGGUGACACUGUCUGGUGGCAUACUGAUAUGUGCCAUGCCGUGGAUCCCGACCAACUGGGCUGUCAAGAUGCCAGCGUGGUCUACAUAGCCUCGUGCCCGACUACUCCGAUUAACAAACGCUAUAUCAAAGAACAGCUCGAAGCUGCUCUCGCCGGCCGGUCGCCCCCAGACUGUACGGGUGUAGAGACGGACGAGUCCAAGCUCAAGGGAUAUACCGGUUUUUCCCAAGUGUCUGAAGAAGGGAAAGCUGUUCUGGGAUUUGGGCUGAUUUGA